CUCUUACACAUUCACACGACUCGAUAUCUUGCUAAAAACGCGUCAUUUUAUACAUGAAUACCGUGGCUGAUUCCGAUUGGAACGCCAGAAGAAAUGCAUUCUUAAACUCGGUACUCGAGCAACUCCUUGAAGCCCGUUUCGAAAUUGAGGUUCUCAAGAAACGCGUUGAAAAAGAGCGCGCUGAAUAUCGCUGUCAGCGCGUCGACCCCACCAUUGGCCUUCCAGACCUGCCUGGAACCCAGCCAAUGCCUCAUGAAUGGCAGACGGAUUUGGCCGUUAGAUUACAAACCGCUGAAAUGGGAUUCGACAAAGCGAAAGAGGAAUACAACAAAAUGAAGGAAUCACUCACCGCCGCAAACACAGAAGUGGCGUUCAUCAAGUCGCGUAACCAACAGUUAGAAUAUGACCUUUUUGAAGUUCGAACUCAACGUGACCAGCUUCUUGAAGAACAAGGACACCUCUCCGCUGUCCUGAGAAACGAUUACGCUGCUCAAGCCUUUCCAGAUAAUGGCACUAAUGGGCAAUGGUCGCUUGCUAGAGGAACAAUACCCAAACUUCUCGCUACAAUCGAGGCUCGGGACGCGGAGAUAAAGAAUUUACAAGAAACAGUCAACAGAGAGCACACUACGAACGAACAGUUGAAGCAGAGACUCGCGACCGUCUCUGAGAUGCAAAACACGAGUAAAACUGUUUUUGAGACCAUUAGCACACGAUUACAUGCCACGGCAUCCACACGUACGCGAAGUGCAAGUGAGUCAAAUCCAAACCGCAAUCCUGGAACGGAAAAGGAAACUACUCUUCCCGUUGAUCGCCAACCUUCCACGCUACGAUCAACCAGGUCCGUGAUUACCAGGAAGUCCUCGCUGGCAACAUCGAACAAUACCUCAUACAUCACCAACAUACCAGAAGAAAGGCUAAGAACCUUACGAGACUUUGACACAGUUAUCGCUCCUGCUUCGAGUACUGCGACUAGCACCAACGCCCCGUACACUCGGGAUUUCUUAAAGACAAACGUUGGUGGUAGCAUCCAACCUCUUAUUGUUAGAGUUACGCACAGUCAAACAGCGCUGGCUGAAAAGCAUGGAAUCAACUGUUAUCUGUGCCCUAACCUGGAGCAUAACCCUUGGUGUCCUACCAUUCCCGGACAACAUGGCUAUAUCUUCGUAGGCCUUGGAGUGGACAAAGAUGCUUUUGCAGGGAAGGAGGAAUUCUAUACGGUUUUUGUUGGUAUCAAGGAGGGCUCUUCACGGCGUUUCCGUUACCUCGGGCGGUAUACUGCUACACAUGUAGCACCUUUGACGGUUGCGGAAUGGAAUACUCUCGCUCCAUCUGUUCAAAUGACUUACUCCGAAACGACGAAGAAAAAGACGAAAGACACCAGGCCGGUGGAAAAGAUAAAGAGUCUGUAUGAUGAAGGAGCUCUUAGUGUCCCUUGCGUCCUUCUCGAGUGCGUGGGCAUCGACCACGAACUUUCAAGCAGUUUGGAGUCGGCUCUUCAUAAUGGUCCGGCACUGAAAACUGGAUCCGUCUCUCCUUCAAAGAGGCGGCGCGAAAUUCAGGAUGAAGGAGAAACUGUCAGCCACACCCGUACCCGAAGGACUACAACUAGCCUGAAUGGAGUUGCUGCUUCGAAUGCUAGUCGGUUGUGAUCGUCAUAGGUUGUGUAUAUAUAUUGAAUAUCUAUCCUCUGGUAAAAAAUACCAUCACGUAUAUGUAUACCCUAAUUCGCCAUUUGUAACUAAUCCUGCUAUCCGAGAAGUUAUUUUUUUACUAAUCCGUUGCUAGAGCGAUGUUUAACUCGCACAAAGUAGGUUUCCUUUUAGAUCGAAGCGGCCCU